GUUCAUAUUAGAACUAUUUAUGAUAUCACUGUUUCAUAUAAUGAUACAUUUCUGAAGAAGACGUGUAAUUAUUAUUUUCAAAUAACUGUCAGACAAAAUGCUUCCAAAGGUACAUCCUUCAACAGAUGGGAUACCAACUGAGCGUGAAGACGAGCAGCCCGUCGUUUCAGAUGCAUUCUUUAAACAUUUGCGUGUCACUUCUUGCCUUGGAGGAAUCUAUCGUCGUGCAAACCCUGGAGAGAAAAUGAUAUGGUGGGACAGAAUUAAACUUGUGUAUGUCGUAUUUGUUGAAAUAUUAUUUGUGACCUGCAUUGUCUUCUUUCUAAUUGCUACUUACAAUUAUGCAGUUGGCUCUAGACCAAUUAUACGUCUUCUGUCGUUCUGUGCCAUCAUGGCCAUUAAUUUGUACUUGUCAUUGAUCUACAGUAUCUUUCUCUCAAAAACGUUCCAUCUGCUGCAUGUACGUUUUCGCAAGUAUGAAGAAUUGUACGGAUUCAGCGAUGAAUUCAAGAAGUGGGUGAAGAGGUUGAGGCCAAUCCUUGUUUGCAGCCAUUUAUUCACGGCAUCAUCUGGUCCACUAGAAUACUUCAUGACGAAGAGCUACCCUAAAGUUAUGUAUGAUAUCUUCCCUACAAUGGUCUUCACGGAACCUUGGAAAUCAGCUGGUGUAGGUAUCACAUGCAUUGGAUACACAUUAGUUGAGUUUCAGUGGAUAACUAACUACACUGUUAUACCAUUUCUUUCUCUGUUUGUGUGGCAGGAAUUCAAACGUGUAGAAACACAAUUCAAGGAACUUUCAAACAGUCAAUGUGAUAACACUGAAUCCAGGUUCAACACUUUGGUCAUUCAUUUUGACCAUAUCACUGAAAUACUUGAGGAUAUCAGCAACUAUGUGCAACAUUCUAUUUUCACUUAUGUAUUCAUGACUUUGCCUGUGACAUGUGCUGUCUUGUAUUCCAUUCUAUCCAAGCACGUCAGUUCUGAAGAAGUGAUGGUUUACAGUGUAUGGUGUGUGUGGGCCCUUUUAUGUGUUGGCUGUAGACUGCUCAUUGAUGCGCUUGUCAGUUCGAAGGCUCAUGGGACCCUUCAGUAUGUUUGGGGACUGGAUAAACAGCGUUUCUCUGGCAAAGGGCUGCAGAAGGUGAACCUGUUUGUGUCAAGAUUGACGGGAGACACUAUCGGCUACAACAUUCACGGCCUCUUCACCAUCACCAUGCCAACACUCCUUGGGAUCGCAGGAACGCUGGUCACCUACAUAAUUGUGGUUGUGCAGUUCAAGCCAUCAGAUUCGUCGUGUCAAUGCAACUGGUUCAGGAAUGUCACAGGGAGUGAUAUGUAAUUUGGAACACUUUUUGUGUUACAAAGAGAAGGCAUUUGUCCUUACUAGCUCUAGUGUGUCUAGUGUGUAGUCCGAGGCCCUUCAUGCAGAUGGGGAAUACUCUGAAGCUGCAUUAAUAUCGCCAUGCCAUCAUAUAUUCCAUAACGCCUGACACUCCCAAAACUUGAUUGUACAAAUGUCAUCAAUUAUCAGAUCGCCGGAACGCUGGUCACAUGCAUAAUUGUAGUUGUUCAGUUCAAGCCAUCAGAUUGGUCGUGUCAAUGCAACUGGUUCAGGAAUGUCACAGGGAGUGAUAUGUAAUCUGGAACACUAUUUAUGGUACAAAGAGAAGGAUUUUAUCAUCACUAACAUUAGUGUGAGAUCUUAUACCUCUCGUUGUGAUGAAGGAGAAUCAUGAGCAGCUGC